GGCCUCAAUUCGCCCAAGCCUUGUGAAGUCUUCUCCUUCGUCUUCAUCAUCUCCGCCCGCAUCGCAUUCCUCUCGAUUCGGAGCUCGUCCACCGCAGCCAUGGCGAAGAACUACCCCGUCGUGAGCGCCGAGUACCAGGAGGCCGUCGAGAAGGCUAGGCAAAAGCUGUGCGCCCUCAUCACCGAGAAGAGCUGCGCCCCCCUCAUGCUCCGCCUAGCCUGGCACUCGGCGGGGACGUUCGAUGUGUCGUCGAGGACCGGCGGUCCGUUCGGGACGAUGAAGACCCCGGCGGAGCAGGCGCACGCCGCCAACGCGGGACUGGACAUCGCUGUGCGGAUGCUCGAACCCAUCAAGGAGGAGAUUCCCACCAUCUCCUACGCCGAUCUCUACCAGCUUGCUGGAGUUGUGGCCGUGGAGGUGUCCGGUGGACCUGCCGUCCCUUUCCACCCAGGAAGGGAGGACAAACCCUCUCCCCCACCUGAGGGCCGUCUUCCUGAUGCUACCAAGGGUUCUGACCACCUAAGGCAGGUCUUCAGUGCACAGAUGGGAUUGAGUGAUAAGGACAUCGUUGCCCUCUCCGGUGGUCACACCCUGGGAAGGUGCCACAAGGAAAGAUCUGGUUUUGAGGGACCGUGGACAAGAAACCCUCUGCAGUUUGACAACUCUUACUUCACGGAGCUUCUGAGUGGUGAUAAGGAGGGCCUUCUUCAGCUUCCUAGUGACAAAGCCCUGCUGAGCGACCCUGCCUUCCGCCCACUCGUCGAGAAAUAUGCUGCGGAUGAGAAGGCUUUCUUCGAAGACUACAAGGAGGCCCACCUCAAGCUCUCCGAACUGGGGUACGCUGAUGCUUAAGAGGUUUCUACACUCCACUACUGCUAUCACGCUGCCCGUGGUUCUUCUUUUGCAUUAGGCUAGGGCCAGUGCGAACCAGCAGACUACCACUGCGAGUCGGCUCUGUAAUAAAAGUUUGUUCGGCCUUUGGCCAUCCUCUCAGUACGUUGUCAAUGGUCCGGUGGGCUAUUAUGCUAGACUGCAAUGCUGUAUGCACUAAAACCUUUCUAUAUGUGUUGGUGAUUGGUAUGAAAUGCAGUAGCGCGUUCCCGGUUCCUCUUCUA